CAGGCCUGGUCUUCCCCUCCUCUUCUCUUCUUUUCAUUCUUCUCCUCUAUUUCUUCCCUUCAUUCUUCUCUUCAUUCCCCAUCUCUCUUUCUCUAAUACCAUUUCCUCACUCUCUCUGUUGCAUACAACGCGACUCCAACUGUUACUCAACAAUUUCCACCCUCACUAGCUCCGGAAUAAUAGCUACCCACCACACAACACCCACCGCGGUCGGAUCGGACGGGACCGGACUGUCAAAUUUCUCCCUUUUCCAAUUCACCAUCUUCUGUGAACAUCUACAUUCAACAUACUCGAUUAAAUCGAACUCUUAAUCACCUUAAUAAAUCACAAUGCGCGCCACUUUCGCUCUCCGCAACGCCGCCCACACCCCUCUCAUUCGCUUCAUUGGCAAGCGUUCGGUGCCUCAAUCGGUAGACCACAGCCCUCGUGCUCACCCCGCUUCGCCCACCGGUGCUCUGCCCGACUCGUUCGCUGCCUACCGCAGCAAGGCCCAGCAGCACGGUCCUCUUGGACGUGCCUCGUUCAGCCAGGGCGCCAUCGGCCGUGCCCCGGGUGCUUCGUUGGGUCCUAUCCAGCCCAAGGAAGGUCAAUUCUUUGACCGCGCUGAAUUGCCUUCCCGCUUCCACCGUCUGCCAUGGUCCGAGGCUGAGAUUGAGGCCAUUGAGACCGGCGGUGCCAGCCUCUGCAACUAAAAUAUUUUCGACGCGCGAAUGGGCACGAAUAUGAUGCGAGGGAUGUUUUAUGAUAAGAACAAUGGUCACUACUGACUGGCCAUGGGUUUUUUUUUUUUUACGUCGGCGAACACGAUUAAGGGGGGAUGUUGAAUCUCUUUUCUUCUUGCUUGUCUUUGUCU